AUACAAUGUAUAGUAAAUCGCUGAGCCCUGCAACUUUGGUUUCGGAAGAAACUUAAGUCUCUGCCGGGAGAGACGGAUUCGCUCUUACCGAGAUGGCUGCCACAUUUGUUUAUGUUGGUGCCGAUUGUUUUGGCCCUGGCGUUAAUCCUACGUGGAGCUCGUUUUGUUAGGGCUCUUGGGGUUCUUUGGACUUUAGAACCCAUCUGUCUGCCGUUCUUGGUUGGCUCCUCCGGACAGCUGAGGCUAAGUCAAUGUUGGCUCAAUUAAGAAACAUCAGGGAGAUAAAUUCAACCCAGUGCUUUUAAAAAUGACUACAAAACGAAGUUUGUUUGUGCGGUUGGUGCCAUGUCGCUGUCUACGAGGAGAAGAAGAGACGGUCACUACUCUAGAUUAUUCUCAUUGCAGCUUGGAACAAGUUCCCAAAGAGAUUUUUACCUUUGAAAAAACUUUGGAGGAGCUCUAUUUAGAUGCUAAUCAGAUUGAAGAGCUUCCCAAGCAACUUUUUAAUUGUCAGUCUCUACAUAAACUAAGUUUGCCAGACAAUGAUUUAACAACAUUACCAGCAUCCAUUGCAAACCUUAUUAAUCUCAGGGAACUGGAUGUCAGCAAAAAUGGAAUCCAAGAAUUUCCUGAAAAUAUUAAAAAUUGUAAAGUUUUGACAGUUGUGGAGGCCAGUGUAAACCCUAUUUCUAAACUUCCUGAUGGGUUUUCUCAACUGCUAAACCUGACCCAAUUAUAUCUGAAUGAUGCUUUCCUCGAAUUCUUACCAGCUAAUUUUGGCAGAUUAACUAAGCUCCAGAUACUAGAACUUAGAGAAAACCAGUUGAAAAUGUUGCCUAAAACCAUGAAUAGACUGACCCAGCUGGAAAGACUGGAUCUGGGAAGUAAUGAAUUCACAGAAGUGCCUGAAGUACUUGAGCAACUAAGUGGAUUGAAAGAGUUUUGGAUGGAUGGUAAUAGACUGACUUUUAUUCCAGGGUUUAUUGGUAGUUUGAGACAGCUCACAUAUUUGGAUGUUUCUAAAAAUAACAUUGAAAUGGUUGAAGAAGGAAUUUCAACAUGUGAGAACCUCCAAGACCUCCUCUUAUCAAGUAACUCGCUUCAGCAGCUGCCUGAGACUAUUGGUUCAUUGAAAAAUGUCACAACUCUUAAAAUAGAUGAAAACCAGUUAAUGUAUCUACCAGACUCAAUAGGAGGUCUAAGGUCUAUAGAAGAACUGGAUUGCAGUUUCAAUGAAAUUGAAGCUUUGCCUUCAUCAGUUGGCCAGCUCACAAACAUAAGAACAUUUGCUGCAGAUCACAAUUACUUACAACAGUUACCCCCAGAGAUUGGAAACUGGAAAAACAUAACUGUGCUGUUUCUCCAUUCUAAUAAACUAGAGACACUUCCAGAGGAAAUGGGUGAUAUGCAAAAAUUAAAAGUCAUUAAUUUAAGUGAUAAUAGAUUAAAGAAUUUGCCUUUUAGCUUUACAAAGCUGCAACAGUUGACUGCUAUGUGGCUCUCAGAUAAUCAGUCCAAACCUCUGAUACCUCUUCAAAAAGAAACUGAUUCAGAGACUCAGAAAAUGGUGCUUACUAACUACAUGUUCCCUCAGCAACCAAGGACUGAAGAAGUUAUGUUCAUAUCAGAUAAUGAAAGUUUUAAUCCUGCACUGUGGGAAGAACAGAGAAAACAACGGGCCCAAGUGGCAUUUGAAUGUGAUGAAGACAAAGAUGAAAGAGAGGCACCACCCAGGGAGGGAAACUUAAAGAGAUAUCCAACACCAUACCCAGAUGAGCUUAAGAAUAUGGUCAAGACUGUUCAGACCAUUGUACAUAGAUUAAAAGAUGAAGAGACUAAUGAGGAGUCUGGGAGAGAUAUGAAACAUGAAGAUCAGCAAGUUGUAAAUAAGGAUAUGGGUGUGAAGACUUCAGAAAGUACUACAAUGAAAAGCACACUUGAUGAAAGAGAAAAGUAUAUAAAUUCUGUACAGAAGAUGAGUGAACCUGAUGCUGAGACCAGUCCUGGAAAUUUACCAGUGACUGCAAAUAUGAAAGUGUCUGGGAACCUGAAGCAUAUUAACCAUGAUGAUGUUUUUGAGGAAUCUGAAGAUCUUUCUUCUGAUGAAGAAAUGAAAAUGGCGGAGAUGCGGCCCCCAUUAAUUGAAACCUCGAUUAACCAGCCCAAAGUUGUAGCACUUAGUAAUAACAAAAAAGAUGAUGCAAAGGAUACAGAUUCUUUGUCAGAUGAAGUCACACACAAUAGCAAUCAGAAUAACAGCAAUUGUUCUUCUCCAUCUCGGAUGUCUGACUCAGUUUCUCUUAAUACUGACAGUAGUCAAGACAACUCACUCUGUUCUCCAGUGAAACAAAUUCCUACUGGUAGUAACUCCAAAAUAAGGCAAGAAGAUGAAAAUUUUAACAGCCUUUUACAAAAUGGAGAUAUUUUAAACAAUUCACCAGAAGAAAAAUUCAAAGUUAAUGAUAAAAAGGAUUUUAAGUUGCCUGAGUAUGAUUUGAAUAUUGAAGAACGAUUAGUUCUAAUUGAAAAAGAUGACUCAAAAUCCACAUCUGAUGAAUCUCGCCAGUUAGACCGUAUCAACAUGAAUCUUAAUAAACUUGUGACAAAUGAUAUGCGCCAGCCAGAAAUCACAGAAAGAUCAAAGGCACAAGAUAUAGUACUCGGAACAGGCUUUUUAAGUGUUCAUCCUAAAAGUGAAGCUCAACAUACAGAAAAUGGAAAUAAGUAUCCGAAUUUGGAAUCCAUAAAUAAGAUAAAUGGUCUUCCUGAGGAAGUCCCACAGUCUUUUGGUAGGAUAGAACCCCAGAAUUCUACUUCUUCUGCUGACAUGAGUGUUUCUAAAAGCACUGAAGAUCUCUCCCCUCUAAGAAGCGGUCCAGUCGGGUCUGUCAUGAAGUCUCAUAGUAUAACUAACAUGGAGACUGGAGGCUUAAAGAUCUAUGACAUUCUUAGUGAUGAUGAUCCUCAGCCACCAAGUGCAGCAGUUAAAAUGACAUCCUCCGUGGACGGGAAGAACAUAGUCAGGAGCAAGUCUGCUACACUACUGUAUGACCAGCCACUGCAGGUCUUCACUGCUUCUUCCUCGUCUUCUGAUUUAAUGUCAGGUACAAAGGCGGUUUUCAAGUUUGAUUCAAAUCAUAACCCUGAAGAUUCAAAUAUAUUAAGAGGUCCCAUAGUAACUGCCCCACAGUCUACACCUCAACUGUAUGGUCCUCCACAGUAUAACGUCCAGUACAGUGGCAGUGCUGCAGUCAAAGAGACUUUGUGGCACCCUAAACAAAAUUCACAAAUAGAUCCUGUCAGUUUUCCUCCUCAGCGCCUUCCUAGAUCAGAGAGUGCCGAAAAUCACAGUUACACAAAGCAUUCUGCAAAUAUGAAUUUCUCUAACCAUAACAAUGUCAGAGCCAAUACUGCAUACCAUUUACACCAGAGACUUGCUCCAGCCAGACAUGGAGAAAUGUGGGCUGUUUCCCCAAAUGACCGGCUAGUUCCAGCAGGAGCUCGGACUGCAGUUCAGCGACAGAGUAGUGUAUCUUCAACAGCUUCUAUGAAUCUUGGUGAUCCUGGUCUCACGAGGCGUGCUCAGAUUUCUGAAGGAGAUUAUUUGUCAUACAGAGAGUUACAUUCAGUGGGAAGAACGCCAGUGAUGUCAGGAUCACAGAGACCGCUUUCUGCACGAGCAUACAGCAUUGAUGGCCCAAAUACUUCAAGACCUCAGAGUGCCCGCCCCUCUAUUAAUGAGAUACCAGAGAGAACUAUGUCAGUUAGUGAUUUCAAUUACUCACGGACUAGUCCCUCAAAAAGACCAAAUGCAAGGGUUGGUUCUGAACAUUCUUUAUUAGAUCCUCCAGGAAAAAGUAAAGUUCCUCAUGACUGGCGAGAACAAGUACUUCGACAUAUUGAGGCCAAAAAGUUAGAAAAGAGUAUGCUGUCAAGGUCCUUUAAUUCCACUCUUACUGCUGUAAGCAGCUCUCACUAUGGCAGCUCUAGGGAUCUGCAUGGCAGCCAGGGCAGCCUUGCCCUGAGUGUUGCAGACGGAAGAGGUUCUGGUGGGCACAUUUUUCGACAUCCUCAGACAUGCAGUCCAGGAGAUUCUUGCCAAGAUGAUAGACUGAUCUCAGGGGAGCAGAGCUACUCAUCAGGUGCACUUAGUCUCAGAGACCUCCCAGACAGCGUGGUGAAAAUGCCUUUGAGUAAUGGACAGAUGGGCCAGCCUCUCAGGCCUCAGGCAAAUUAUAGUCAAAUACAUCAUCCCCCUCAGGCAUCUGUGGCAAGGCAUCCCUCUAGAGAACAACUCAUUGAUUAUUUGAUGCUGAAAGUGGCCCACCAGCCUCCAUAUACACAUCCCCAUUGUUCUCCUAGACAAGGUCAGGAGCUGGCAAAGCAAGAGAUUCGAGUAAGAGUAGAAAAGGAUCCAGAACUUGGAUUUAGCAUAUCAGGAGGUGUUGGGGGUAGAGGAAACCCUUUCAGACCUGAUGAUGAUGGUAUAUUUGUAACAAGGGUACAGCCUGAAGGACCAGCAUCAAAAAUACUACAGCCAGGUGAUAAAAUUAUUCAGGCUAAUGGCUACAGUUUUAUCAACAUUGAACAUGGACAAGCAGUGUCCUUGUUAAAAACUUUCCAGAACACAGUAGAACUCAUCAUUGUACGAGAAGUUUCUUCAUAAGGACUAUAGACAAAAAAGAAGAAGAAGAAGAAGAAGGAAAAAAAGGAAAAAGGAAAAAAAAACAAAUGGGGAAGAUAGCAAGAUUUAUUGGAAGACACUUGGAGGGGAAAUGACUAUUUUGCUUAUUUUUAUAUAUAAAGAAGAACUCAGACAGUUGGCUUGGAACUUGUACAUUACUGAAAUAAUAAUGGAACUGUGGUUAGAGGGAACGAACCACUGUACAGAAGAUAAAAAGAGACUGUUGAAUUUAUAUCAUAUGAAAUUUGUUGUUAGGUUUUUAAGCUUAGCAAAUCGAGGCUACAAAAACAAAAUUAUGUUGUUUUUGUAUAGAACGUAGGUUUAUUUUUGGAUUUCAUACACAUGACUGACUGUAUGCAAGGCAAUAGUUAGCCUUGAUUGUAGCCCAGAGACAGAUGGCAGAGCUAUCUAUCUCAUAGCUUUUGUGCCCUUAUUUUUAUCCAACUGGUAUUAAUGUUUUUUCUGCCGAACUACUUUUUUCCAUGUGGGUAAGAGAUUUGAAGUGUUGGCUUUUGCUAUGUGCAUACUGAAGAGUGGUUAGAUGAAGUUGGUGCUGGUGGGUUCACUUUCCGAGGCCAGAAUAAAACAUUAUUUCCUAUAAAAAUCUGAGGCUAACAGUGGGAAAAAAAAGUUAUCUGAUAAUGUAUUUUUAUUAAUAGAGUAAUGCAAUAAAAUACAUAAUGUCUUUUUAAAAGACAAUAAUUGCAUUUUAUGAGCUCUGCAAGAUCGAUUCUUGUCUUAGCUGUUGAUUAUACAUUUGCUACUGGUGAUUCAAUUUUUAAUUUUUUUAGUUACUGAAGUUUUUAACUCUAAUGUAGAUGCAUGUCCACACAUUUCCCAUACUACGAAGUUCUCUGAUAUUUUUUUCUUUAGCAAAUGGUGGUACUUGCAAUCUAAUUUUUAUAAUUAGUACUCCAUAAUUAAUUUAUAAUUUUUGUUUUAAGAAGCAAAUUAAACCCAAAAGGCCAGUUUUAAGAUUGUGUCUGUUGCCUAUAAUACGAAGUGUCAGAAGGUUUAGGAAAGCCUCUUGAUUUUGUUUGGCCUGGCGUUGCCUUGGUAAAGUGAAAGGAACUGUGGAGUACGCAUGGAGCUAGGAAACCAAAGCAAGUCUGUGAGACUGCGCAGUGAUAGAGAAGUGCUGUGGAGAGCGGUGGAGCAAGGGAUGGUCCCUGAGGCCUACCAGUGUGGAAAGGGUUCAAGUCAAGGGCUGUUCCUCCAGAUCACGUUAAAUGUGAACUCCACACUUGAGAGUCUUUAAAAGGGUUUCUAAGUGUACAGUGUAAUAGUGUUUUACCACCAACUGCCUUUGUUCCUAGUUACUGUAACAAGUAUUUGAUGGUAGAGGUUAUUUUGUUUAUCCAAACCAUUAAUUUUAUUUGCUUUUGUUUUAUGUAAUCAAAUAAAAUUCAAAUGACAUGCAUGGUUAUUUGGACCAAGGAAAGUGCCAUAGGAGACCAGCAACUGUUUUUAGUUGAGGCUAGUCUGAAAACUUUUAUUAGAGCAAUAUUCAUUUCUCAGAUUCAUUUUUAAAUUUCUCAUAUGCAUAAUUUGGGUAUUUUUAAUGUGAUACGCUUUUUCUUCAACCUUGACUUAGUUGAGAAUCUUGGACUAGCUAAAACAGCACCUGCAUUAUUUUUACAGAGUGAGUUGAAGCAUUUCCAUUCUAGUCAGAAUAGUCAGCACUUUUAAAACAUUUGAACUCAAAUUGCACUUCUUUCAGGCUGUUAUCAAUUGGGUAUUGUAUAGUUUUCAUAAUUUUGAUUGAAACCCUUUAACAACUCUUUGUAAAUUUUAACUCAUUUUAGUUGAUUUUUCAGUACUAUUUACAUAGGAAUUGAUUUUUAUGAAUAUAGUAGAAGAAAUGUGCUGUAUUUUGAUAAAAUUCACUUGUAUGUGUUGUAAUCUCUAAAACAAAGAAUGACAAACAGCUUCUUUAA